ACCAAGGUAGUGUCCAGGCUAGGCGCUAAAGCAGCGUCUGACCUACCCCGGAUUUUGCUCUUCUAGCCUCUCCACCUGCUGGUCACCUCUUAACUUUCCAUCAUUCUCCCUACUACUACGAGUACUAUCCUGUCCAUUCUCUAAAGGACGACAGCCAGCUCAUGGGCCAAGUCAACAUGCUCUUGUCCCAAUAAGAACCUGCCUGUAUGAGGCUUCUGUCCGCCUCCACCGAUCACCGUCAUGUUGCUACCACAAGCAGCCCUGCCUGACAGCCAUCGUCCAAUCCUCUCUCGCUCCCGCUCUCACACUGACCCAUCCAAACCCAAGAUCACCGAGCCCCAAACAGCAGGCCCUACCCUUCAAGCCACCCGUCCGCCUCAACUACGAUCGCAGUCCUACCUCUCUCCCGCCGAGACCAAACCGCGUAAUGCCCACACUCUACCAGUCCCCAGUGCCCUGGAACGAACAGCAGAGCGCCUCCAUAGAGUCCACCUCCCCGGUUCGCACCACCGACACCAGCAUACCCGCUCGCACUCUCACUCCCGGGACUCCAGCUACAAGCGCGGCCACCGGCCCACGCAAAGCGAAGCGGUCUCCUCCCUACGCCGUCCACCUUCCAGAGAACAAAACGCCGCCCUCCCACACCUCGUCGCCGGCUUGAACGCCGAACGCGACAAGCACACACGCGGUCAAUGGGGCCCCGCGGGCACUCAGUCAACAGACUACACCGAUGGAGGCCGCUUUGAUCCUCGCCUGCGCGCCGUGUCCGACCCACACCGUCCACCUCCCCAGCCCAGGCCCAAGACGAGUUUCGAACAGGCGCUGGAACGAGGUGAUCAGGCACGCGUUGCGCGCAGAAUCCACGUCAGGCGCGAGGACAUUGUCCGGCGCGAUGCCGAGAUCGCUGCGGCCGAGGAGGAAAUGCGCGAACAUCUCGCAGACAUAAGCUCUAAAGGCGUCGAGAUCACGCGGAGGCUAGACUAUGGGUAUUAUAAUCUGUUGGAGACGGUGGGCAAUUUGAUGGCGACGAUCACAUCCUUCCAGAGCUUGAGCAAGCAGACGGGCCAGCUCAUUACGAACUUUGACAAGGAGACGCAGAGGCUCGACGCUGAGACACGUAAGCGUGUUGGGGGGUUCAAGAAAGGGUUUGCUGAGCGUGAGAGGAAAGCCCAGGCUCUCACGGAGCGUGGGCGUAAGGCUAGUGAAAAGGCUGAACAUUUGAGUGUGCGACUGGAGAAUGCGAGGAUGAUCGUCGAGAAUUGGGAACGGCGCGAGGAUCAAGUCCGGAAAGUGUGGGAUCGGGUAUUCAAAAUUGUCUGGUCAACUAGUAUUUCGAUUCUGGUCCUGGUUGCGCUGGUUGUGUUGGGUAAAGAAUGGUGGUUCCGUGGCGAUCCGGUCAAGGCUGGGUUGAGGGCGCACAGCGAGGGAAGCUGGAAUAAGAGUCUGAGAUUGGGGACGAGUGCUGGCGAGCAUGAAAGGGUAAUGCUGGAUGAGAAUGUGCAUUUGCCGAAGGAUGUGAAGGAUUUGUUACAGGGUAUUGCGGAGCGGAAUCGGAAUCGCAAGGUCAGGUUCCCGGAAAUUCCUAGGGAGAUAGUCGAUGGGUGUGCUGAGGCUGAGGCUUGUGUCAAUGGGCAGAACGGUGGGUUGGCGGCGCUGGAUGAGAGGGAAGAUCCGAGGUUGAGAAGGUUGGAUGAGUUGUGAUGUCGCUUAUACAUCAUACGAAUAUAUGGAUUGUGACGGCGGUGGCAUGAGGCUUAGAAAUGGCUUUGAGUGGUGUUGAUAUCGUCUACGAUGGUUUGUUGUUUGAGAUUCAGAGA